GCUCAGCUUUGGUGCAGGGCAGCUGCUCUGCUCUGUCUGCAGGCGGUGUAGCGACCAUGGGUGCGCGUGUGUCGCGCGCGCUGCGGAACUUUAACCUGGAGCAGUGGGCGCACGGGGAGAUCGGGCGGCAGCAGCCGCGCCCCGCACCGCGGCACCCGGGCACAGAGGCGCUGCUACAGCAGCAGCUGCACGACAAUCCUCAAGUCAAUGAAGUACACAACAAGAAUGAAAAACUUGUGUCUUUUCUGAAAGAUGUUUACGUUGAUUCAACAGAUUCUCCUUCAAAGAACCUGCUAGUUGAUGAAAAAUCUAAGCAAGUGCCGGAGUACAGACUUCCCAAAGCCACUUUGAAUUAUGAACCUUUUGGUAUUAAACGUGUUCCAAAAGGCAAGCUGAGCAUUGUGGAAGCUCUUACAGUACUCAACAACCACAAGCUACAAUCUCAAGUAUGGACUGCUGAUAAAAUAGCUGAAGAAUACAGUCUAGAACUUCAAUAUGUUAAAGGAUUGCUGGAAUUUUUCAAACCGUUUGAAAUAAAAUUGCUACCUCCAAAGCAAGACAAAAAAGAACAGAUAACUGCAAGAUAACAAAUAUAUACACAAUUUCAGUCAAUAUAUUUAAUUCUAUAAAAACAGGCACCAAAUGUUUAAUUUCUAUAUUUAAGAUUUACAACCUGUUCACUUUAAAGGAAUAUUAUUGGAUAUUGUGUGUAAAGCUUUAGACCUAUGCUGAGAUCCUGUGAAUAAAUUGGUCCUGGAACUAUUUGUGUAUUGGG